GCAAAUGGUUAUCUCCAAGCACUUUUUGCUUGAAAAUUACCACUUUUUCUUGGAAACCAAGCGGUCACUUUUAGCGGCGCUCGAAAUAAAACAAAAUGCGACACGCGGGGCCGGCUUAACGUCAGAAACAAAAGGGGACUUCCUCACUAUUAUCGCGUGCUUCAGUCAGCGCGGGCGCUAAAACAAAAGCCCUCGCCAAGCUCGACAUGAGACAGGGUCGGUGCGCCCACAACAAUAGUGAAGCUCACAGUCACCAUGACCCUCCUCGACGCGCUGCUGCCUCUGCUACUGCUGGCCGAGUAUCGGACGUCGUCGCCAUCGUUUGGCACUACAGCGGCGGCGACUCAAUACAUCAAUAACUUUGCAGGCCCCUUCCGAAUCGUCCCCGACCACGCCGAACGCUGCCCCGCCAUCAAGGGCCACGCCGCCGCCGCUAGCGGAGCUGCAGCCCUGUACAGGGACAUCUUCUGGCGCGGCUACCACGACCGCAACAACCGGGAUCUGUGGUACUACUGGGGGAACGUCACGACUCUCCGAACUCUGGACGAGUCGUAUGAUAUUGAUCUGAACUGGGCCUCGUGGAGUUCCCGUGGCGGCUGGAAGGAGAACGCGUACGUGAUGAGGCCGGGGCCCGUCUGCCAGAUCAUAGGCCACCACGACCCGGACCUCUGGCGCAGGCUGAUGGUCGCCACAUUCAACGACCCGAAUCGAAAGUGUCCCUUCCCUCCAGGAUACUACGAAGUCAAGAAUGUUUCAGCCGAAUUUUCUCUAAAGCAAAUUCCUGUAUUUUUCUACGGCACUUGGAGGAUCACCGUGCGUCUGGUUGAUUCCGCGCAAGACGUGGCGGCGUGCGUUUGGCUGUUCGGCAAAACUGUCCCUAAAUCGUAGCAAGACAUUAAA